UCGUUCUCAUCAUUCUUAAUCGAAGGAAUAGAAAAUGGCGAUUAUGUUUGUAGUGACAAUAUCGUAUGUUAUUGUAAAUUACGAUAUGUGAUCUUAAUCAGAAGAAGAUUGUUGAAUAAUCUUUGCACAACAACCAAAUGCAACAUAGGAAUUACUAACCAAUUCAUUAUACAAACACGUGAUUAUGCUGCAAGGAAAGGUACAAGAGCAAGAAGAGAAGCUAAGAAAAUUAAACGGAAAGUAGAAAAAAUUGAAAAGCUUGGAUUUAUCGAACGAAAACUGAAAGAAAGACAAAUCCAAUCGAAUAAACCGAUACUCAAGAAAGCUGUGGAUUACGAUAAAUGUAAAUCCAUUCCAACAGAUAAUGUAUGGAUAUUACGUUAUCAUCGAUGUAAAAUAUAUAAUGUGGAAGAUGCAAUCCAGAGUUAUCGUGAAGCACAUCAUCCCACUAUGUUAAAUUGUCCCAAUUCUAAAGUCAAUGUGAAAAUUGAAUUGAAUUUAGAGACUGAGAAAAAGGGAAAGUUUAUCAGUGCUUUUAGUCGAAUUGUAAAUUAUCCUCAUUAUUUUGAUCAUGGAGAAACCAGAAAUAUAAUGGUCUUUUCUUCAAAAGCACAAGUAAUAGAACAAGCUUUGAAAGCAGGUGCUUCCUUGGCUGGUGGGAGGGACCUUAUAAAGUCCAUAAAGGCAGGUGACCUGUCUUUAAACGAGUAUCAAUAUUGUCUAGCAGAGCCGGAUAUAUUAGCCGAAUUAAUAUUGAUUAGAGGCUUAUUGAAAAAGAAAUUUCCAACAUCCAAAACAGGUACUUUGAGUCCCGAUCUUGAAAAUUUAGUAAAGAAAUUUGUAUUGGGUGUUAAGUACGAUGCUGUAGCCGAUAAACUGGAAAAACAUUACGGCUUAAUCGAGUGUCCUAUAGGAACGCUUAAUAUGGAUAGUAAGCAUUUGGAAGAAAAUUUUGCUGCCCUUAUUAAUGAUAUCAAUUCCGUUAAAUCUAAAAAACAUACCAAUUUUAUCAUAAGAACACAGUUACUCAGUCCACCGACAAAGGAAUAUUUUGUAGUAGAUUUUACUAAAUAUCUACCAGAAACAAACGCUAAAAAGGAUCCGAAUCAGGAGGAGGAAGAUGAAGAAGACAUCUCUUAUGCCGUCAUACCAUCUCAAUAGUUAUAGAAUAUAAGUAUAAAUUUUAAAAA